AUGUCUUCGAAACAAAUUAAUAUUUUCUUGACUGGUGUAACGGGUUAUAUUGGAGGCUCCAUACUGACUGGCCUCCUUCACCAUCCAAAUGUUUCAAACUUCAAAAUAACUGCUCUGAUUCGUGGUGAUGAAAGUAGAGUGAAAAAGAUUGCAUCGCUCGGUGUUACUACUCUCAUUGGUACAAAUGAUUCACAUGAUAUUAUCGAGAAAGCAGCAAGUGAAUCGCAUGUCGUUAUUCAUACGUCCAAUUCGGCUGAUGAUAUUCCGUCAACCAGAUCGAUUAUUAGUGGUUUGAAUAAACGAACUGAGACGACAGGAAAACCAGCUAUUUAUAUUCAUACUAGUGGUACUGCUGUUAUUUCUGAAGAUGUUCGUGGUAAGAAAGGCUCGAAUACAGUCUACAGCGAUCUUGAUCCUGACAAGAUCAAUAGUGUAUCCGACGAACAAGCACAUCGAAAUGUCGAUCUCUUAAUAAUCAACGCAGCACAAGCCAAUCCUCUAUUGAAGAGUGUCAUCGUUAUUCCUCCAGCCAUCCAUGGCAUUGGUACAGGUCUGUUUCAUCGCUAUUCUGAAACACUUGCAGCAUUAAUUCGCGCUGCCUUAAAACGUGACAAGGUAGAAAUGAUUGGGCCAGGUGAAUCGAAGUGGAGCUACAGUCAUAUCGACGAUUCAGUUGAUGCUUACAUUAUUCUUCUUGAUCAACUUCUUGCUGUCUAUGGACCUAAUGCCAAACCUGAUGCGAAGCCCAGUUCAUAUCUAACUACAGGACGUGAAGGCUACUAUUUCACUGAAAAUGGACAAGUUUCAGGACAAGAAGUGUCCGAAAAAAUUGGUGAAACUCUUUACAAGAAAGGUGUUCUCAAAUCACCUGAAGUUACGAGCUUUCCCGACGAUGAAAUAGAAAGUGCUUUAUUUGGUCCUUUCAGUUGGGUUUUGGGAUGUCAGUCGAAUUCCAAAGCCGAGAGAUUGGCCAAAUUAGGAUGGAAACCUCAUCGACCCAAUAUGCUCGACUGUGUUGAAGAACAAGUGGAUGCUUUGCUCAAUGAUGCAAAGAAUGGAGACUCUUGGAAUAGGCGUCUUUUCGGACAAGAUAUCUCAUAA